UUCCUAUCGACCAAUCCGGUGGCAGAUCAGCUCCACUUCCUGUUUGACCGAGGGACACAUCUGCCUAGAAAGAGUCGUAUGUUCACGAAAGUGAAUCGAUUUUUAAACUGAACAGCUGAAGUCUAUCUGCGGGGAACGAGUCUUAACGGAAACUCGCAGAAGUGAAGCAUCAUGGGAGGAAUCAAGCAGGAGCACGGGGACGUUUCCCAGCAGCCCAGGGCUCCGCACGCGCCGGACCAAGCCCAGGAGGAGCCUAAGAAGAGAGGCUGGCCAAAGGGGAAGAAAAGGAAAAAGGUUCUUCCAAACGGUCCAAAGGCGCCCGUAACCGGCUAUGUCCGCUUCCUGAACGAGCGGCGGGAACAGAUGCGGGCCCGAUACCCUGACUUACCGUUCCCAGAAAUCACAAAGAGACUGGGGUCUGAGUGGACGCAUUUAGCUCCAAAUGACAAACAGCGUUACCUGGACGAGGCAGAGAGGGAGAAGGUGCAGUACGCCCAGGAACUGAAGGAGUACCAGCAGACCGAAGCCUUUCAGAUCAGCAGCGCCAAAAUACACGACAAGAAGAUCAAGAAAGAAGAACCUCCCGUAGGUUUCAGCAGCUCAGGAUCGUCAUUGGUGAAGGCUUCCGACAUCCCGAGCAGGUUUGACAUCCCGAUUUUCACAGAGGAGUUCCUUGAUCAGAACAAAGCUCGAGAGGCGGAGCUGCGGCGGCUCCGAAAAGCCAACAUUGAGUUUGAAGAGCAGAACGCGGUUCUGCAGCGGCACAUCAAGGACAUGAACAGCGCUAAGGAGCGUCUAGAGGCGGAACUGGGUCAGGAUGAAAAGCGGACCCAGGCUCUUCACCAACACCUGCUGGCCAUCAAACACUCCCUGGUCAGCAGCCUGUCAUCAGUGCCGCUCCCAGAUACGGGAGAGACGGCGUCUCUGGGAAAUCUGGACUCGUACCUGAGUCGUCUGAACGGAGUUCUUGAGGGAAACCCCCACAAACACCGAGCUCUGGUCAACCAGCUCACUGAAGUCCUCUCACACAUCGACAGUAGCCUUGGAAACGGUGGUCCCAGCUCUCUUCAGGUCAUUGAGCAGCUCCUCCCGUGUAGUCCUGGGGUGAUUCUUCAGCUUCCUUAGCAUCAUCGAUGCCCCACGAGCGAGAAGUUAUGAGGAGACCCAUAAUCCCCCUGCAGCAUGAGGGAUGCUCCACUCUCCGAUCAGCAGAGGAGAAGAACACAAACAUCAUCAGGAGAGAACGCUGUUUUUUUUUACUCAUGGAUCCAUAUGUUUCAUCAUGAAUGUGUUUCUAUACCACGAUGGAAUCAGCUGCAUUCAGACUAAGUCUGAGUAGCCGUCAAAGUGACGGCGCAGCAGCCACGUGGCGAAGGCGGAGGAUGUGACAGAACUGGAAAAAGAUGGAAUAAAGUUUGGUUUUCAUGUCGCGUCUUAACAGGGAUGUUCUCAUCACAUGUUCAGUAAGCAUUUUAUAUUUGUGUUGCUUGUUUUUAUUUUAGAAACUGUCAUUAAAUGUAGUUACACUUUCAAAACAG